ACGCUCAGUAGCCGACAUUUUUCGAAUACAAGUAAUUUCAAACACAGAUGUUCGCUCACCAAUAAUAACACUUGGCUCCACCUCGUUUUUCCAUGUUCGACAUGAGAACUUGUUUGUAGUCGCCGUAACAAAAUGUAAUGCCAAUGCAGCGUUAGUCUUCGAGUUUUGUUAUCAGUUGGUGAAUAUCGGAAAAAGCUACUUUGGAAAAUUUGAUGAAGAGUCGCUUUUAGAGGUGUUGGAUUUUGGAUAUCCACAAAAUAGUGAGGCUGAAACUCUAAAAAUGUACAUAACUACAGAAGAAGCUUCUUCACAAAUCACAGCUCAAUCAACAAGUGCAACUAGUUGGCGUAGACCCGGCAUAAAGUAUCGGAAGAACGAAGCAUUUAUAGACGUUAUCGAGUCUGUUAAUUUGUUGAUGAGCACAAAAGGAACUGUACUACGUUCUGAUGUUGCUGGCCAAAUAAUGAUGCGAGCAUAUUUGUCUGGAACACCGGAAUAUAGAACAAUAAGCUUUAUCCCACCCGAUGGGGAAUUUGAAUUAAUGCGAUAUCGUACCACCGAAAAUGUGAAUCUUCCAUUCCGAGUUCACCCUGUCGUCAAUGAAAUUGGAAAAUCGCGAGUCGAAUACCGGAUCACAGUAAAAGCACAAUUCUCACCAAAGUUGUACGCGAAUAAUGUUAGUAUUCGGAUUCCGACUCCUUUGAAUACGGCAAAUAUUAAUCUGCGCGUUUCAACUGGUAAGGCAAAGUAUGUACCUGAUGAGAAUCUAAUUGUUUGGAA